AUGGAACUUCCUCAGAAACAACUUACUAAGGAGGAGAUAAACAGAUGUUAUUUGAGGUGGCAACAAUUAAGUAACCAGCAUGGGGAGAAUGCUAGCACGAUACCUGAAUUUAUUUACUUUACGCGUGUGUUGAGGCAAGCUGCGAAGCAACAGCAGGAAAUGCAGCUUCAACAGCAGCAGCAGCAGCAGCAGCAACAACAACAACAACAGCAGCAGCAACAACAGCAGCAACAACAACAGCAACAACAACAGCAACAGCUCCAACAACAACAGCUCCAGCAACAGCAACUCCAGCAACAGCAACUUCAGCAACAGCAGCUCCAACAGCAACAGCUCCAACAACAGCAUCUCCAGCAACAACAGGAAGUGACGCAGCUACAGGCUGGACAGGGGAGUCGGGUGUCAACGGGAUCUCAGGUGCCACAGGGAAUGCAAGGAUCUCAAGUGCAGAUCCCGUCAUUACCACAGCGACAGAAUCAGCAGCAUGUGUCUCCAACCUACACUAAUGGGGGACCAUCACCGUCUAGUUCAGCCGUUCCGAAUGGAAUGGGGGCAUCACCGCUCACUCAGGAGCAAUCUGAGUUGCUUAAGGCUCAGAUUAAUGCUUUGAAAUGCCUUGCAAACAAGCAACCUAUACCGAAGGAGGUAUUGGAAGUGGUACAAACGUCACUAAAUAAUCCACCAAACCUGCGGCAGAUGGUUUCUAUUGUUUUUGGUGUAUUAUCUCAGCGGAAUGAACUUCAGCAGAAGACUGCUGAGACAACUGUUGCACCGGCAUACCAAGAAUCACAGGCGCAGCAACCACUGCCAUCUGGUCAGCAGAAUAUGCCUUCUUCAGGCGAUGAUACUGCGCGAAAUACGCGUAAAGCGUCGACGGAAGAUCUUUCCCCACAAUCUUCCGCCCCAGGUAUGGGCGCCCAAAAUAUAGAGCAGACGGGCGCACUUCCAGCCCUUGAGGAUAUUCCUGCUAAAUACAGAGAGCCGCCAAAACAGCUGCCUCCGAAGACAUUGCAUGAGUUUCAGAAACUGAACAGAGACAUACCAAAAAUCAUAGAUAUCACAAAACCCACAACAAUUGUGGAUUGCUAUUCGGCCCAACCGUUACCUGAUUCACUUCCAUACGAGGAACUAUUCCCUUCACCUAAGAAUCCAAAAUUGUUAAUUAGUCCCGGGAUUUUGCCAACAGGUAUGGAUGUUCACUCAGCCAUGGAAGUUUAUCAGACGUUGAUCGCCUUGGACAUUGAUACCGCUGUGGACGAUUCACUUAACAGACUUUAUGACGACUCGUUAAGACAGGAAGAAAAGGAUGAUGCGCUGUUACAAUACUAUUCGCUUCAGCUUUUACCACUACAGAAAGCUGUUCGUGGGCAUGUGUUGCAAUUCGAGUGGUUUCAGAACACUCUCCUCACCAAUACACAUCCGAAUUUUCUCUCAAAGAUCCGGAAGGUUAACUUGCAAGACGCACUUUUGACUAGCGAGCUGUAUAAGAGACAUGAGUUUCAACAACACCAGCGCAAGUUAUUCGAAAAAUCUGCGAAGUUGGAGGCUAUCACUGAGUAUUCUUUGAACUGGUUCAAUCAGAGGAUGGAGAGAAGGGCAGCGAAGCUCAAGUUUAGUAACAGGUUGGCAACUGUUCACAGCAACCUAGAGAAGGAGGAACAGAAGAGGAUAGAGAGAAAUGCAAAGCAGCGUUUGCAGGCUUUAAGAUCUAAUGAUGAAGAGGCGUAUAUCAAAUUAUUAGAUCAAACAAAGGACACUAGAAUUACACAUUUGCUAAGACAAACCAAUGCCUUCUUAGAUUCUCUUACUAGGGCUGUGAAAGACCAGCAGAAGUUCACGAAGGAGAAGAUCACUUCUCGUGAUAAGGAGGAUGGCGAAGAAGAAAUAAUUGAAGAGACCGGCGAUGUUCAAGAGUCGGAUCGUGAAAAAAUUGACUAUUAUGAAGUUGCUCAUCGUAUCAAGGAAGUUGUGACUGUUCAACCGUCUAUAUUGGUUGGUGGAACGUUGAAGGAGUAUCAGAUAAAGGGUCUACAGUGGAUGGUUUCGUUAUAUAAUAAUCAUUUGAACGGUAUCCUCGCUGACGAAAUGGGUUUAGGUAAAACCAUUCAAACGAUCUCUUUAUUAACAUACUUAUACGAAGUUAAGGGAAUUCACGGUCCAUUUUUAGUUAUAGUGCCAUUGUCGACUUUGACGAACUGGAAUUCGGAAUUCGAUAAAUGGGCACCAACGUUGAAAAAAAUUGCAUUCAAAGGUCCUCCUAGCGAACGUAAGGCUCUAAGUGGUAUCAUAAAAGCUGGCGCAUUUGACGUUGUUCUUACUACUUUUGAAUAUAUUAUUAAGGAAAAGCCGUUACUUUCUAAGAUUAAGUGGGUUCACAUGGUUAUCGAUGAAGGGCAUAGAAUGAAAAAUGCACAGUCUAAGCUGUCCUUAACGUUGAAUCAACAUUAUCACACAGAUUACAGAUUAAUUUUGACAGGUACGCCUUUGCAGAACAAUUUGCCAGAGUUAUGGGCUUUAUUAAACUUCGUUCUACCAAAGAUUUUCAAUUCCGUAAAAUCUUUUGAUGAAUGGUUCAACACACCGUUCGCGAAUACUGGUGGCCAGGAUAAGAUAGAAUUAAGUGAAGAAGAAACACUAUUGGUCAUUCGGAGAUUACAUAAAGUUUUACGACCAUUCUUGCUCCGUCGUUUAAAAAAAGAUGUCGAGAAAGAACUCCCGGAUAAAGUGGAAAAAGUAAUUAAAUGCCGUAUGAGUGCUUUACAGCAGUGUCUAUACGAACAGAUGUUAAAAUACCGUAGACUUUUUGUGGUUGAAGGUAGUAGCAGCAAAAAGAUGGUCGGCUUACGUGGAUUCAAUAAUCAAAUUAUGCAACUGAAGAAGAUUUGCAACCACCCUUUCGUUUUUGAAGAGGUAGAGGACCAAAUUAAUCCAAAUAGGGAGACCAAUGCCAAUAUCUGGCGUGCUUCAGGAAAAUUCGAAAUUUUACAAAAAAUAUUACCUAAAUUCAAGGCCUCUGGCCACAGGGUCUUGAUUUUCUUUCAAAUGACUCAAAUUAUGGAUAUUAUGGAAGAUUUCUUACGUUUAUGUGACAUGAAAUAUCUUCGUUUAGAUGGUCAUACAAAGUCAGAUGACCGUACAGCUUUAUUGAAUGCCUUUAAUGCACCAAACUCAGAAUACUUUUGCUUUUUACUAUCAACUAGAGCUGGUGGGUUAGGUUUGAAUUUGCAGACUGCAGAUACUGUCAUUAUUUUUGACACCGACUGGAACCCCCAUCAAGAUUUACAAGCUCAAGAUAGAGCGCAUAGAAUUGGUCAGAAAAAUGAAGUCCGUAUUUUGAGACUGAUAACUGACAAUUCUGUUGAGGAGGUAAUUUUGGACAGGGCACAUAAAAAGUUAGAUAUUGAUGGAAAAGUUAUCCAAGCUGGUAAGUUUGACAACAAAUCUACUUCUGAGGAACAGGAAGCACUCUUAAGAUCUUUAUUGGAAGCAGAAGAGGAGCAGAAAAAAAGGAGAGAACUCGGUUUAGAAGAGGAUGAACAUUUGGAUGACGCUGAGUUAAAUGAAAUCUUGGCGAGAAAUGAUGAGGAACUGAAAUUGUUUGCUGAAAUAGAUACCGAAAUAAUUAAGAAACAACUUGCUAGCGGUAUAACCUCAAGAUUGUUGGAAGAUUCAGAAUUACCAGAAUUUUAUCAUCAAGAUAUAGCAGCUCAGAUAGAACGCGAAAAAGCGGACAAAAAUUUUGUUGGAGGUAGAGGAGCUAGGGAAAGAAGGGCAGCUCAUUAUGAAGACAGCUUGUCAGAAGAGCAAUGGUUAAAGCAAUUUGAAGUGAGUGACGUAGAAUCAGCAAUUAGUAGUCCUGGUCCCAAUUCAACUGUAGGCUCCAAUUUCUACUCCAAUAAUGAUGAUAACGAAGGACCAGUUUUGCCGUCAAAGCGUAAACGGGGACCUGGUAGGCCUCCGAAGAGUAAAAAAGUGAAAUUAGACGAUGAUUAUGAAAUGGAACAACUGCUUGCUCAAGGAGCUGAAGAAUACUCUCCAGUUGAGAAUUUACCGAAGGAUUCAUCUUCAGGGAAGGAGUCCUCGUCUCAAUUUGGUGGUAAAACAUCUUCUAAAGAUGUUAGAAUGUCUAAAACUAAAACAAAAGUUAAAAGCCGUCGUGGCCGACCAUCAAAAAAUGGAAGGCCUUAUGUGCGAGAUUCACCAACGCAGCCAGAUGAAGUUAGGACUGCGGUCGCGGAAAAAGCAAAGGAAUUGUAUGACUAUAUUCUGGGCUACUGUAACGAAGAGGGUAGGAGUUUGACUGAGAUAUUUCUGGUUAAGCCUUCCAAAAAACUUUAUCCAGAUUACUACAUGCUCAUAAAGUACCCUGUAGCUUUUGAAAAUGUAAUGAAGAAUAUUUCCACCAAGGCCUAUGAUUCACUUAGAGAAACAUUAGAGGACUUCCAUCUGAUAUUCGCUAAUGCAAGGGUUUAUAACACUGAAGGUUCAAUUGUCUUCAACGACUCUCUAGAGCUGGAGGAGGCUGUUAUUCGGAAGUACAAAGAGUUGAGCGGAGAUACAGACAUUGACUUUACUGAAUUUGACUCACAAUACGGCACACCAGUACUGUUACGUCAAAAUGAUACAGAUAAUGGGAUUACUGCCAGUAUAACACCAUAG